AUGCCCGACACCAAGGACCGUCGCGGCCUGAACACGGCCGAGACUGAGAUGAAGAGGACGCAGUACCGCGCCAUCCUCGCCCAGCUGGCUCAGCUCAGCGACGGCGACGAGGCCUCGCGCGUGCAAAACUGCAACAAGCGAGAGACGCUGCGCCUCAUUGACGUCAUCCGGGGCGAGGAGAUGCCCCAGUCCGUGCACGACACCGGCGGCUGGCUGUACCUGGAGACCGCCGUCGCCAGCGCCAUGUCGCGCCCCGCCACCGAGACGCCCGACGAGGCCGUCGCGUCGUCUCGUGCCGCCGCCGAGACGCCCGACGAGGCCGUCGUCAGUCUCGGACACCUCUUCUACCUGGCCGGGGCGCAAAUGACGUCAGUGCUGGACGCGACGCUGGAGACGCUGCUGAAAGUCCUGCAGAACCCGGCUGCGCCCGAGCGACGACGGGUGCUGACCAUCAAGGCGAUCGGCGAGAUAUGCUGGUGCAGCGCCCCCUCCCAGGAGAGGCUGUUCGCGCAAGGCGGCGUCCAGCCGUUGGUGGAGUGCGUCUACAACUUCGCUCAGAACGCGGUGCUGGCGCGGUGGGCGUGCUACACGCUGACGGUGGUGCUUGCCGACAGCGCGGAGAUCUGGCAGCAUCUACGUAAGCUGGAGGCGCUGGAACGCACACUGAAAGCACUGGCCGCCGAUGCCGAGCUGUGGACCGGGUGGGACAACAACCACGCCGCUAUCCUGUGCGGGCUGCUCUACGGACUCCAUCCCGGCGUCCAAUGACGCCAUGUGACAUCCACGCCGCCAUCUCGCAGCGCACUGAGCGACUUCCAGCACAGCCCCCAGUGAAGCCAUGUGACGAUCACGUCGCCAGCAUGCAUCGACUGCUGCGCGAACCCCAGCCAGCCGCCCAGCUAUGGUGACGUUAGGUGCUGUGAUGAUGAGGGUUGCCAUGGCGACGUUGGGCCACGUGGUGAUGCGUCCAGAACUCACGGCUCGCUCACGUUAUCACGUCACAAAACUCACUCGGGUUCGCGCAUCACUGCUACGAGGUGCGAUGUGCAAACGACCGGUGACGUCAUGUGUGGUUUGACGCCAGUUGCACGAGAUCGCGCAGAGGACGAUGCUGCGGGGGCACUCAUGUUGACAAUGGCGUGUUCGUGCGUCGGUCCCCGUUGUUGCGUUGGCCCACGCAAUGACUUGCAUCAUACUAUGGUUUCAGUUGCACUGGCAGCGUCUUCGCGCGGAUAACAUAGGCUGCCGACAACACUCGCUAAAAUGCACCGUACCGUGUGGCAGCUGCAAUGCAUGACCUUGCCAUCUCUGCGGUUGGCGAAUAUUGUUAUUGCAAAACAAACAAAACACCUAAGUCCAGUUGGUUUGGCGGGAGUUUGAUGACUGGCGUUGAUGUAUCGUCUAUAUUUUGCGAACACCACGCGCGAUGUAUUUAGUCAUUGCCCAUUUUCAGUAAUAAAUUCACCAUCUUCCAAAGGCACGCUGUGGCUGUCGCCGCUGCGUCCCAUGCAUACCAACACAUAAAUUAUGUUGACGUUUGCUUUUUUAUGAAAUGAAAUGCGCAUGCACCGGAGAACGCGAAUACUGGUGCCAAUAUAAUACCUUUAUGAAAUAGUCAUACAUUCAUAGCAUAAGACUCAAUAUGCUGUUGGGAACUUCGAAGUCAA